AUGAAUGGAAUAUUUAAAAACCAUUGGUUUCAUAUAUCAGUAUUAGAUGAUGAAACUUUUUUAAAUAGAUAUUGCUAUAAUAAUGACAAUAGUAGUAAUAAUAAUACUUUAGAUACAAUCAUAAUUCCAUUUGAUAAAUCAUAUAAUCCAAACCAAUUCGAUCCAUCAAUAAUAAGUGAUUAUUUUAUACUUUUAUAUAAAUCAAUGUAUAGUAAUAACACUAUUAACAAUAAUAAUGAUAAUAAUGAUAACAAUGAUAUUAUAAAAUAUAAAAAUAAUCAUAAAGAAUUUUUAUUAUCAUUCGAUAUCAUAUUUAUAAAUAACUAUAUACCAAAUGAAAACAACCAUAUUAUAAUAUCAAAAACCUGUUCGUAUAAAAUUAAAAUAACCAACAAAGACAAUGUUCAUAUAAAGCCAAUUAAAAAAAACUUAACAACAUUGCAAAGAGCUGUAUUAUUAGCAAAUGAUUUAAUAUCGUAUAAUGAAUCAUCAUUAAAUAAUAAUAAUAAUAAUAAUAAUAAUAAUAAUAAUAACACUUCCACAUCAGUUAACAAAUAUUCUGUAAAUGAAGAAUUUAGAAACUAUUUAAUCGACAACUCAAUUAUAUUCUCUUCUCCAAAUAAUAUUGUAAUCCAUGGAGAUCACACAUUCUCUUAUAAAGUAUUGGAAUGCUAUCCAUUAAACCAAGGUACUGUUUCGAGCUCCACCACUAUUAUUGUUAUUAGUCCUGACGAUAAAAUUCUAGAUAAUUUUAAAGAACAACAACAACAAAUCGAACAAGAGGAAAAAGAAUUAGAAACAUUACAGUCAUCAACCUCCUCAUCCUCCCUAUCAAACAAAGCAAUAAAUAAAAAUUUAAGGAUUUCAAAUUUUAUUAUUCACCCUUUGGAUAGUUCAUUGCUAACUCCAAAAUCACCAACCAAUAGCUUAUUCCAUUUUAUACCAAAUUCAAAAAGCCUUUUAUUAAAUAGUAAAAAAAUUAUAAACAUUAAACAACUACCACCAAUUUCAAACGAAAAUGAUUUAAAACAAUUAAUUUCAAAGGAAUAUGACUAUUUAGUCGAUUGCUUAGUAACACUACCAACUUUAAAACAACUAGGGUUAUUUAAUGGGUCAUGGGUAAAAGUUAAAAAUUUAAAUGAAGAAGGAAAAGAAAUUGCCAUUAAAAUAUUCUCUAUUGAACCAUCAUUACUCUCAUCAGAAACACCAAAACUAAAUGACAACUUGGUUUAUUUACCACCUUUAUCAAUAUUUAAUUUAGGUUUAGAUUUUAAAAACUUCCUUAAACUAUCUAAUAAUGAUGUAAUUUUAGAGCAAUUCGAAAUUAUAAUAUUAAAGGUAUCAAAUCAAAUUUUAAAUGAAACCAAUGAAUCAUCACCCCCUUUAUCACCAAGUAGUACCUCAAAAAAUGACUAUCCAAUCAAUUUCCCUGUUGCAAAUAGAAUUAAAAUAUCAAGAAUUAAAACUCAAAACUCAAGUGGUUAUAAAUCAUAUUCACAACAAUUAGAAAAAUAUUUCAAUAAAAAAAGACUAUUAAAACAAAAUGAUAUAAUAAUAAUCAAUAGUCAAUCUAACACCGACCAACAACAACCAAAUAAUAAUAUUACAAUUAAUAAGAAUGAAUUAAUAUAUUUUAAAGUUGAUAGUCUAAUGUUUAAUCAAUAUGAUAUUACAAAUAAUAAUCAAAUUUAUUUAAUAGAUAAAAACAAAACAUCGAUUAUCCAAGAAGGAUCAAGUAACUCAAUGAUACCAAGCAAAAUCGAGUCAUUUUAUUCAAGAGAUGAAAAGAAUGAACCAUCAAUACCAUUGGAUAUGGUUUAUGAUAAAGAAUUUAAACAUAUAGUAGAUUUGACACUUCCAUUUUUAAUCGGUGACAAAUUUCAAUUCGAUUUCAACUGUACAAUAUUAUUACAUGGCCCACAAGGUGUUGGUAAAAAGACUUUGUUAAAGUGUGUGGCCUCCCAUCUAGGUAUUCAUACAUUUGAAGUUGAUUGUUUCGAAAUUUAUGAUUUUAUCGAAACCAAAAAAGAACUAAAGAUUCAAAAGAUUUUAGAAGAUGCCUCAAACAAUACACCAACUUUAUUAAUUUUAAAAAACUUUGACGUAUUGGAACAAACAACCCAAAGUAUGCAACAAGAAAAGAAAGAAUCAAAUCUAUCCCAAACCCUUAUAAAUACCCUAAAAGAAAUUAAUGAAAAAGUAAACAAUAAUGAUCAAUUUAACAAAUAUCCACUAAUCAUUGCUGCAACUGUAAACUCUCUGGAUGAACUAUCAAAUAAAGUUAGAAAUUGGUUUAAACACGAAAUUUUAUUAAAUCAACUACCAAUUGAUAAGACAAUAUCAAGUAAAAAUUUAGCAAUUAGAACAGCUUCAUUUUUACAACAAAAUUUAAAAACAUUAAUACAAAGAUCAUCAGUCAAUGCAUUAAAAAGAGUAUUAGAGAUCCAAAAAUCAAUGAAUAAUGAAAUUACACCAACCGAAAUUUAUAAUUGUGGAUUCAAUAUCAUUCAAGAUGAUAUCACAAAGUCAUUAUCAGAGAUGCAAGAUUUUCAAUCAUCGUCAAUCGGCGCACCCAAAAUUCCAAAUGUAUCUUGGGACGAUGUUGGUGGUUUAGCAAGUGUAAAAAGUGAAAUUAUGGAUACAAUUCAGCUACCAUUAGAGCACCCACACCUCUUUGCCUCUGGUAUUGGUAAAAGAUCCGGUAUUUUAUUAUAUGGUCCACCUGGUACUGGUAAAACUUUAUUAGCCAAAGCUAUAGCCACAGAAUGCUCAUUAAACUUCCUUUCCGUCAAAGGUCCAGAACUUAUCAACAUGUAUAUUGGUGAAAGUGAAAAAAAUAUUAGAGAUAUCUUUAAUAAAGCAAGACAAGCAAAACCCUGUGUUAUCUUUUUUGAUGAAUUGGAUUCAUUGGCCCCAAGUAGGGGUAAUGGUGCUGAUAGUGGUGGUGUCAUGGAUCGUGUAGUAUCUCAACUAUUAGCAGAAUUAGAUGGUAUGGGUAAAUCCUCUGAUGUAUUUAUUAUUGGUGCUACCAAUAGACCAGAUCUUUUGGACUCAUCAUUAAUGAGACCUGGUAGAUUAGAUAGACUAUUAUAUUUGGGUAUUAGUACAGAUAAAGAUAAUCAAUUUAAAAUUUGUCAAGCUUUAACAAGAAAGUUUAAUUUAAGUGAUAAUGUAGAUUUAAGAAAAGUAGUUGAAACAUGUCCAAUGAAUUUAACUGGUGCCGAUUUUUAUGCACUUUGUUCUGAUGCUUUAGCAAAUUCAAUGAAAGAUAGAAUCCAAAAACUUACCAACAACCAAAUUUCAGAAGAUGAUAUGUCAUCAAAUGAUCAAAAGCUAAUUGUAGAACAAAAACACUUUAUUCAAGCAGUUGAAUCAUUAGUGCCAUCAGUCAGUUUAGACGAAUUAGAGUAUUAUCACAAAGUACAAAAACAAUUUUCGAAAUAA